AUGCCCAAGAUUCGCAAUUCCGCGUCGCGAGCAAAAGUCUUCCGGAGAAACCCAUAUUCAAAACUUUCAGGCCGAGCACGUCUUCCUGAUCUGGUUGCUUUGCAUGAAAAUGGAACUUUGUUUUCGGAUCCGAGAGUGAUGAAUGAGAGUGCUACGGAGGAGGAAACUGAUGGAACUUUGAACCUUAAGUCGAGGACAACAGCAACACAACCUCAUCUUCACCCUCCAGUUACCAACCCAGAUUCUCAAACCGAAGAAAAUGAACCCCCACAUUCAGAAAGCGAACACAAUACAUCCUCGCAUCUCCAUCUCCCAGAAAACGACCACCUUACUUACCCACCAACCCCCUCAAAUCCCCACUCCAACAUCCAGCACCACCACUUCCCCUCCUCAAACCCAAUCCCGAACUCAAUAUCCCCUCACUCCCUCCGCCAACGCCGUCGCGGACUCCCGGAUCUCCGCGUCAUCACAUCGCCUACUCUUCUCGCCAAGCUGAAAGAUAGAAAUCUCAGCGACACAAACACAUUCGAGAAAAUUCCUCUUCUUGCGUCAGAACAGAGAGAACUGGAAACCCAAGAACUACAAUAUCAAAACUCCAUCUCUGAAUCCCAGACCCAAAGGAAUAACCAGAGGGACCAAGAGAGGAGAUAUCAUACUCGCAAACCCCGCAACGACUACACCUUCAAUCCUCCCAGACAAGCAAGAAAAAUUCGCUUGCGCAGAAAUGGACCUCCUCAUCCUCAUCCUCAUUCUCGCAUCCGAUACUUGCUCAACUCCGAGUCUCCAGAUCCAUCGCACGCCAUCCUCUCUCUGCGCGCCUCGACUCGUAAUCCUGAUGAUUUUCCCCUACCAUCUGGUAUCCAACUAUUUUCAAACCUUCUCCUGCAGCAGCAGGAAAAUAGAAACAAAACCGAUAACAAAAACAAAAAGAAUGACGAGAAAGCGAUGAUGAAGAAAAGAGAAAGAGAAAGAGAAAGAGAAAGAGAAAGAGAAAGAGAAAGAGAAAGAGAAAGAGAAAGAGAAAGAGAAAGAGAAAGAGAAAGAGAAAGAGAAAGAGAAAGAGAAAGAGAAAGAGAAAGAGAAAGAGAAAUCAAUUUCCUCGCAUUGCAGAUGGAACAGGUGGAAGAUGCGAUACGGCUUGAGGGGGCGCCGGGGGAGGCGAGGGAGGUGUAUUAUGCGCAGUUUGCGAGGGAGGAGGUUUGA